GAGGACAGAACCUUGAGUAGGAGGCUCCGGUCUGAGUGUCAACUGAGUGAGAACUAACGCGGUUGCAGUUAACCUUCAAAGACAGCAGCUCAUUGACACUGGGGUUGGUGGGAUCUGGGAAGACGUUACCCCAAUAAUCUACAUCCUUAAGGGCCCAACAUCUAAAAUCAGAUUUGAUUUCAUCUUUUGAGCUCUUUCCAUUGCUCUGUAAUACCAACUUUUCACAAGUUUGAAAGAAUGGAAGUUCAAGGUGAAAAAUCACUCAGCUGUGGGACAAUUUGUCUGAAAUAUCUACUUUUUCUCUUUAACAUUCUUUUUUGGCUGGCAGGAGGGGCUGUGAUGGCAGUGGGAGUGUGGACUCUGAUGGAAAAGAGCGACUACGUCAGCUUACUGAACUCCAGUUUCUACUCAGCCUCAGCUUAUAUUCUGAUAGCUGCGGGGCUCAUUGUGAUAGUGACCGGGAUCAUCGGAUGCUGUGCUACUCUGAAGGAGAUGAAGAGUAUUUUGAUUGUGUAUUUGGUCCUGUUGCUCUGUAUUUUCCUGCUGGAAAUCAUUGCUGGUGUGCUGGCUUACAUUACCUACCAAGAGUGUUUCCCUUUCUGCUACCAGCUAGAUGAGGAGCUCAGACAAAACCUGAAGGUGACCAUGCAGCAAAAAUAUCAGCAGCCGGGGGAGGAGAGCAUCACACAGGCUGUGGACAAACUUCAGCAGGAGUUUAAGUGCUGUGGCAGUCACAACUCCUCAGACUGGAGAGCCUCUGUGUGGAUCCAGGCAGCAGAGAACGAGCGGCUUGUUCCUGAUAGCUGCUGUAAAAGUCCCAGCGACCUCUGCGGCCGCAGGGACCAUCCCUCCAACAUCUACAAGGUAGAGGGAGGCUGCAUUAUGAAGCUGGAGGAGUUCAUCCUGGGGCAGUUGUAUAUUCUUGGUGCAGUGGGCAUUGGGAUUGCAUUUCUACAGCUUGUGGGGAUGAUGUUUACAUGCUGCCUUUAUCAAAAUUUGAAUGACGAUCCGUACUGAUUUUUUGAUUUUUUUGUGUGAUAUUGGAAAAUGUGUCACAUCAUGAGUUUCAGAAAGUUUGGAUAGGUUUUUUUUAAAGCCCCAAUCAUUCACACUGUAAAGUUGCCAACUCAAAUUAUGACAUGAUGAUUAUCAAAAUACACAGGAGGCACACUAGAGCUGCUAUGAUGCUGCUGGGCAGCAAUGUGCUUUUUAUACAAAAUACCAUAGCAUGCUUUAAAUAACUUCCCUUUUAUGUUAAGAUUAUGAUUUGUGGAUGAACUUACCAUAAAACACAUUUUAAAGAGCAGGGAAAUAUGAGCAUGAAGUUGUUACAUUUUCAAUCAGUGUUGGUCUUAUUGUUUAUCUAGUUUUUAAUGUACAAUACAAAAUUAUAAUUAAAUAAUGACUAUAU